AUGGCCAGCGCGCUGAAAAAGUUUGGUGAGGCGGCCUUGAAACCACGUCUAGUCAACGGACUCUGGCACAAGCCCAAAGUGUCAGCUAGGCAAGCAGCAGAUCUCAAGAAAGCUGCACUGUUUGAGGGGAGGGAGUGGCCGUAUCCUGAGGAGGAGAAGAAGCCCAACAGAAGGGGAUUUGGGCAGUACAAAGCGCUGAAAGGACACAAGCACGAGAAGGAGAGUGCUAUCAGGGAGGCAAAAAUUGCGGAGAACCUAGCAGACAUGCCCAAGAAGAUUGCAGCAUACAGGGAGUCACGGAAGCUGAAGGAGGGCUCCCUCAUGGACCGGCUGCUGUCUACUGUCAAGGAGAGACGCAUGAAGCAGUACCGCACCCCCAACCAGAAGUAG